AUGAAAUUAUCAGAGGAAUACAGUUGCUCAAUAUAUAAAUCUAUCUGUUUGAAUGGAGGGAUGGAUCUUGGACUCCUCUAUCUAUCUAUCUAUCUAUCUAUCUAUCUCAGUCAACAGUUUUUUCUGAAAUAUAUUUUCUUUCAUUUUUCUCUCGUUCUUCCAUUUUUCGUUCGAUUCGUUCUUUUAUUUCAUUCUCUUUCAUUUACAUUAAUUCGUUAUCAAACACAUUAUUCUUCCUUCUUUGUUCUCUCCCAUUCUGACAUAUUUCACUUUCUUUAUCCAUUUCUCUCUUUCAUUUACAUUAUUUCUUUACCAGACAUGUAUUUUCAUUCUUUAUUUUGUAUUUCUUUCCUUUCGUUCUCUUAUUUAUCCUUCUAUGUUUUUCUUCGUUACUUUCAUUUAUAUUAUAUGAUUAUCAGACCUAGUUUCAUUCUUCCUUUUUCUUUACAGUAA